AUGAACCAAAUUCAGAAGACAAAACCGCUGUCAAAACACUGUCAAAUAUGUGGAGCACCAGCACAAUAUUCUUACUUUGGUGUUGUCUCAUGUCAUUCGUGUAAAAUGUUUUUUAAACGUAAUGGUACUUGUAAAAAGGAUACGCUAAAAUGUGAUUAUAACAAUAAUUGUGAAAUAAAUCUUCAUACUCGGCAUUUGUGUACGGCAUGUCGACUUGCCAAAUGCUUUCGAUUUGGAAUGACUACAGAUCGAUUUCGUCCGUCAAGGCAAAUGAAACCGACAACAAAAGGAUUAGUCAAUACACAAAUCUCAACGUUAAACCUUGUACAAUCCGAUAAUUCGUUAUUAACUCCAAGCCAGUGGACUCUGCUAUCGAAUUUAUAUCAUAGUUACAAUGAAUCAGAACUUAUCGUAAACGGUCAUCGUUUAGCUGAUUUCUAUAUUAAGAAUAAAUCGUUUCACAUGACUGACCCAACCUGUGUCAAAGAGUUCUUAACGUCAAUCUACCAAACAGCAGGAAAAUAUUUAUGUUCGAAUGGUGAUAUCGGUAAAUUAUCAGUGGAUGAUCGCUCGUUAAUACUACGCGGAGCUGCCGACAAUGUAGCAUGUAUAACCGGUGUAUUUUGUAUGAAUCAUUGCCAAUUAUAUAAUCUCGACAGUUUUCUUCACAUGAUGACAUCGAGAUAUGGCGUACAAACAGUAUCCAUACAUCAGCGAGGGAAGAAAUACAUAGAUUCUGAUAUCGUUAUAGGGAAACUAGCAAUAUCAUUAUUCGCUCUUACACAACACACUUCUAUACAUUUAUCGAACGUAUUGACCAAUCUAGUCAAUCCCGUUAUCCUUCUCCAGAUUCAGAAUACUUAUGCUGAAGUGACAUGGAAGUACCUUGUCUAUAGGUACGGUCUUCUCGAAGCUGUUCGACGUUUUCUUAAUUUAACACUUUGGCUACGAGCAGUGACGAUGCUGACACAUCAUGCGCAGACCCUUACGGCUCAUGUAUACGACGUCGAUACCCUUGUCGAUGAUAUCGAGUUCAAACUCUUGCUAGACGAUAUCGAUCAAAUGGCUUCUUAA